AUGCUAUUGACUUUUGUAGCACUUGCAAACCUAUUUCUUCCAUUCGUGCAUGCAUAUGUUGGUUUUACCAACCCUCUCAAAUCAACAGAUGGAAGUGACCCGUUCAUGGUCCAUAACGAUGGAUUCUACUACCUGCUCACGACAACAUGGUCAAAUGUACAGAUCACAGGUGCGGCGACAAUCUCGGGACUCAAGACUGCGACACCAACAGUUGUUUGGUCUGACUCGACGGCGAGUCGCUGUUGCAACGUCUGGGCACCAGAGCUCCAUCAAAUUGACGGAAUAUGGUACAUUUACUACACUGCUGGCGUGAGCACAAAUAUUAACAACCAGCAUAUCAAUGUCCUUCAAGGAGGGACGAAUCCUAUGGACGCCUAUUCCUGGAAGUCUACCAUCAUACCUGACGUUUGGGCAAUUGAUGCAACCGUUGCGAACCUUGCCAAUGCGUGGUAUAUCUUCUUCUCAGCUACUAGUCCGAAUGGCCUGCAGAGCCUGUACGGUGCGAAGAUGGCGAAUCCGUAUACUGUGACGGGAAGUUAUUCACUCAUUUCCGAGCCAACGUUGAGCUGGGAACGUGAUGGAGCGGCAGUGAAUGAAGGACCGCAGGUAUUAAUUAACGGAACAAGGGCUUGGAUGACGUAUUCGGCUUCGUACUGUUGGACGGAUGGAUAUUCUCUUGGUCAACUUACUUGGACAGGAGGAGAUCCGCUCUCAGCCUCAUCUUGGGCAAAGUACACAGCCGGUCCAGUAUUUUCAAGCGCCAAUGGAGACUACGGUCCUGGACACAACGGUUUCUUCACAAGUCCGGAUGGCUCCAUGACCUACAUUGUUUAUCAUGCAUCUGCGACGAGUGAUGUCGCGUGUGAUGGAACUCGCCGUACAUUUGCUCAACCUGUAUAUUGGCAUACGGAUGGAUCACCGAACUUUGGAGAUCCGAGGCCUGUAUCCGACUUGAUCCCAGUACCUCCAGGUGAUGGUUCGUAG